UGUUAGUUCUCAGUUGGCCGCAGCGAUCUUAGAUCCGCAAGACGUGAAUUUCUUUUCGUUAACGGUCCACCUGAAAAAGUUCGUUAUGUUCCGUACCAAAGUGAGUUCCUGCAGGAAGCGCGAGUGGUGUGGUAUCCGUUUCCUUUUAGGCGCCAUCUUGUUCAGCGUUAGCACUUUUACUUUAGCAAGCGGAACACAGAGACGAUUUCCAAAUGACUUUCAAUGGGGAGUAGCUUCGUCCUCGUACCAGAUUGAAGGUGGAUGGGACGCUGACGGCAAAAGUGAAUCAAUAUGGGAUUUUAUGACUCAUAAUCACCCUGAGAAAAUAGCAGAUAGAAGUACUGGCGAUAUAUCCGCAGAUAGUUAUCAUCAGUGGCGUCGAGAUGUGCAAAUGGUACGUGAACUCAAUGUCGAUAUAUAUCGGUUCUCGAUAUCAUGGCCAAGAAUUUUGCCAGCAGGCUACACCAGUAUUAUUAACCAUAAAGGCAUAGCGUAUUACAAUAAUUUGAUCAACGAGUUGUUGAAAUAUAACAUUACCCCAAUGGUCACAAUGUAUCAUUGGGAGUUACCACAACGUCUUCAGGAACUGGGCGGUUGGACUAAUCCUGAAAUCAUUGAUCUAUUUUACGACUACGCGAAAGUUCUUUUCGAAGCGUUCGGAGACCGUAUUAAGUUGUGGACAACAAUCAAUGAACCUUGGCAUAUUUGCGAGCAAGGGUAUGGAAUCGAUUACAUGGCCCCAGCUUACGCGUACGGUGGAAUCCCAGCUUAUUUGUGUGGUCAUAAUUUAUUGAAAGCUCACGCUGAAGCAGUUCAUUUGUACAGAAAUCAAUUCCAGCCAACACAAAAAGGAAAAAUUGGAAUAACUCUCGACAUUUCAUACCCACAUCCAAAGGAAGAUGACGACGAACACAAAGAAGCAUCUGAGAUGGCACUUCAGUUUUACAUUGGCUGGUUUGGUCAUCCAAUAUUUUCAAAGAGAGGAAACUACCCUCAAAUAAUGAUCGACCGGAUUGCAGCUCUGAGCAAAGAGCAAGGGUUUACCAAAUCUCGUCUUCCGAAGUUUACAAGGGAGGAAAUCCUCAGGAUUCGAGGCACUUCCGACUUUUUCGGAAUCAACUCCUACACUACUAAUCAAGUGUACAAAAAUGACCACAACAACAGUGCUUCCUUCCCUGUGCCAUCAUUCUUCCACGACAUGGGGGUUGUUGAAAAAUUCUACACUGAAUGGCCGGGAUCUGGAUCUGUGUGGCUUCACGUUGUACCUUUUGGCAUGUACAAGCUUUUAUCUUGGAUUAGGAAAGAAUACAAUAAUCCUCCGGUUAUCAUCACGGAAAAUGGUGUAAGCGACAAAGGAGGACUCAAUGAUGUGAAUCGCAUAGAUUACUUCAACUCAUAUCUGACGGCGGUUUUGGAUGCCAUUGAAGAUGGUUGCAAUAUUAAAGGUUACAUCGCGUGGAGUUUGAUGGACAGUUUUGAAUGGAAAGUUGGUUAUACGGAGAAGUUUGGCCUGUAUCAUGUCGACUUCACUCACCCCAACAGAACGCGAACACCAAAAGCAUCAGCAAAAGUUUUCGCUCGUAUUGCCAAGACCAACCAAAUCGAUUGGAGCUACCGCCCGACAGUUGAUCCUGAGGUUAUCCUUAACCAAAGGAGAUCGGUAAUGCCUAAAUCUUCAGCUGGACGACCUGCAGCAUAUUUCGGAGGAAGUCUAGGUUUAUUAACAAUAUUUAUGCGAGUCUUUCUGUGAAUAGUUUUGCAUUACAAUAAUGAUGUUACCCAAUUAUGUGUUAUCCUUUAGAAUUAUAUUGUAAUAUUGUAUUUAUUAUAGAUAUCUGUAGAAACAAAUUUGAAAUAGUAUAUGACUGCAGCUUUUGGACUUUUGUGAUGCACAAGGUUUCCAUGAACCUGCGCUAAAAGCAAAAGCAAAGUGCAAUAAAUAUGCCUAAGGAUUAUUCUAUAAAACAUCACAUAUUCGAGUAUAUAUGUAAUUAUAUGCAAUAUAAAAUGAAGACAUGAAAAUAGUACAAUAUAUCUAAGAGUUUUUAAUCGUUAAGCUAAUUUGCUUUAAGGGAGGAGUUAUGUACAUAUAUACUUACGACAUCCAAGUUUAUUUGCCAUUUAUAUGCAACUUUCAACUGUAAAUAAAAUAUGAUUUAGAAAAUAGAAUAAUAAUAACAAA